AAGAUCCUGUACUCAGCUAAGUAAAUAAAUCAGUACAGCAUCCAAAUAUGAACCGUGGGAAUAUUGGUGCUUUACGUUAAUUAAUUUCUUACUGGAAACAGACCAGCAUCAGAAAUGAAGCCCGACAGCAUUGCUAAUGCUGGCAUUAGGGAUAUUUGAGGGAUAUUUGGGGCUAAAUCUCCAGGUCCCCUAUCCACAGUCCCCUCAACCACAAGUUCACUGCAAAGGAGCCACCGCCAGCCUUAAGCAGGCAGACCAAGACUGGAAACUUUUAAAAGUUUGUGUGGUUAAAGAGACGGUCUAGUGGUUCAGACUAGGCUAAUUCUAGUCUCGCCUUAGGCAUGAAAGCCGGCUGGGUGACUUUGAGUGACUUUCUUAGCCUGUGAUGAUGACAACAAGCCGGUUGGUCAAUUCCUGUUGCAAUCAAUGGAUCAACAGUCAACUGAUUUGGAAAAAAAAAACAACAAAGCCCAGAAUCUUAUUGUUGUAGGAAAACACCAGGAAGGAAAAGAAACGGAGGUGGGAAUCAGAUCCCUCUGUUGUCCUAGUUGUCUGAUCUGGCUCCUGGGCCAGCUGCAACCAAAUCUGGGGCUCGGGACUCUCCAAGGUUUUUCUUACAGAAACCUCUGGACUUACACAGCUUGGCAGAGAACUGGCGUGCUCUGGCCCCACCUGGAAUCCGUGCCUGAGUGGUGAGCCUUCACCUGACCCAGGUGCCUGGGCGGGGCUUGGGAACUCAAGGAAAAGGGGUGGAGGGGAAUGGAGGGGGCUGGACCCGCUGCUCUGCCAGCCUGUUUUUCUGGGGAAAGGCUCAGCUGGAGCAGGUAGAAGGAAGUCUCUCCAGGAUUUGGAUGGGGUCUGCAACCCCCGUGAGCCCCACUUAAAACUCCUCGGAGCCAGCCUCUUUUGAGGAAGAUGGUGACCAGGCCGGGAAACAACUGAGCAACAUGGCUGUGAGGUUUGAGGUUGCAGAGAUGGAGGAAAUGACCAUUUGGGAGCAAUAUACCAUUACAUUGAACAGGGAUCCCCGGAAGGGUUUUGGCAUUGCCAUUUCGGGUGGCCGCGAUCGUCCAAACAGUUCAGAUGGCGACACCUCUAUUGUCAUAUCAGAUGUGGUGCCUGGAGGACCGGCUGUUGGCCGACUCCAGACCCGGGACAAGAUUGCCAUGGUCAACGGCCUCUCCAUGGAGAACGUAUCUUCGUCUUUUGCCAUCUCCACUUUGAAAACUUGUGGCAAGUUGGCUAAUAUUACAGUCAAAAGACCCAGAAAAAUCCACUUGCCCGUUGCCAAAUCCAGCCAGCCAAGAAGCCAGCCUCCCUUGACGCCUACUAAACACUUGACGGAUGGGAGAAAUGAGGACUCGGAUGAGGACUAUGGGUACCGGGGUGGUGAGUCAGGCAGACACCCCGGGCAGAGCCGACAGCGGACAGAAGCAGAACAUAACCGUGGUUACGAUGGAGACUCGUCCAGCGAGAGAAGUUCGGGACAUUAUCGUGAUGAUGACAAUGAUAGCGCCCACAGGCAGCCCCUCAGGAGCCGAGUGCGGAGCCAAGAGAGGGGCUACCGGAGGCGGAGCCAAGACAGUGGAUCUGAUAGGGCGCCUUUGGCCAAUGGGCACCAUCAUAAAGGAAGCACCAGCGGGCUUGUCCUGAUGUCUGGGUUUAAGCGGCUGCCAAGGCAGGACGUGCCGAUGAAACCCGUCCGCUCGGUUUUGGUGAAACGUAAGGAGAGCGAAGAAUACGGACUGAAGCUGGGGAGCCAGAUUUUCAUCAAACACAUCACUGAGACAGGAUUGGCAGCCAAGGAUAAUUCCCUACAGGAAGGGGACCUUAUCCUCAAGAUCAAUGGCGUUGUCAGCAAAAAUAUGUCUUUGGAAGAGACACGGCAGCUGAUCGAACAGUCUGAGGGAAAACUUACCUUACUCGUUUUACGUGAUAAUAGCCAAUUCUUGGUCAACAUCCCUCAAGUGAGAGACAGCGAUACGGAAAGUUCCCACCUGGACGAUAUAUCUGAUCUUGGCUCAGACAUCUCGCCUCCCCCUCCUGUGGGAAGUACACCACACUCUCCUCAAUCUCCGACAAGAGAUCCUCCCUGGGAUUACAGCAGACAAGAGACAGCAGUGGAAGAGUUGACUUCACCACCAGUUUCUAAUCCCGAGGAAUCCCCCACCAACGAGUACAAUUUCCGAGGGAAUAAUUCCAUCCUGCAAAAUGAUGGGAUUUCAGGGUACAGCCCCGAUUCGAAGGUGGUGCGUUUUGUCAAAGCCAAGAGCAUCGGCCUCCGUCUGGCAGGUGGGAAUGACGUCGGGAUAUUUGUGGCUGGCGUGCAGGAGGGCAGCCCGGCUGAGAUUCAAGGCCUCCAAGAAGGCAACCAGAUCCUUCAGGUGAACGAGAAGCCCUUCCACAACUUGACUCGCGAGGACGCUGUGCGGUACUUGAUGGAGUUGCUCCCAGGGGAAGAAGUGACGUUCCACGUUCAGAACAAACAGGACAUUUACAAGAAGAUGGUCCAAUCCAACCUGGGCGAUUCGUUCUAUAUCCGUACCCACUUUGAUUUUGAGAAGGAUACGCCUUCCGCCCUGAGCUUCACACGGGGAGAAGUCUUCCAUGUGAUAGACACCAUGUAUCGGGGCCGGAUGGGAAGCUGGCUCGCUCUACGGAUGGGAAAGGAACUUCAAGAGAUGGACAAGGGCAUCAUCCCAAACCAGAGCAGGGCAGAACAAUUUGCCAGUCUGGAAUCGGUUCUCAAAGCGACCUCGAAGACCUCCAGCGUUUUAGGGGCUCGAGCAGAGUUCUGGAAACUUCGAGGUUUGCGGGGAGCCAAACGGAUGCUGCGUAAAAGCCGGGAAGAUCUUUCUACCCUCACCAAGCAGGGCCACUACCCGCCAUACGAGAAGGUCGUACUCAAGGAAGCAACUUUUAAGCGUCCUGUAGUGAUCCUGGGCCCCAUUGCUGAUAUCGCCAUGCAGAAGCUGAGCACGGAGAUGCCAGAUCAAUUUCAGAUUGCAGAGAGUGUUAUCAGAGAAGGAGGAUCGUCCAAAGUGAUCAAACUGGACACCGUCUGGCAAGUUGCAAAGCAGGAUAAGCAUGCAUUGCUUGAUAUUACGCCAGCCGCUGUGGAACGUCUCAAUUAUGUGCAGUAUUUCCCCAUUGUGGUCUUUUGUGAGCCGGACAGCCGGCAAGGAAUCAAGGCCAUGCGGCAGUGGCUGGCGCCAGAUUCCAAGAAAAGUUCGCGGCGCCUCUACACGCAGGCCGCCAAGAUGCAGAAGUACUGCAGCCACCUCUUCACAGCCACUAUUAGCCUGGCCGGGGGGUCCAACAACUGGUACCAGACCCUGAAGGAGAUUAUCCAAAUUCAGCAGGCCCGUCCUGUCUGGAUGACUGAAGAACAGGUGGAUGCUUCAGCUGAGGAGAGUCUGGACAUAUUAAACCAGACCUCGGCCAUCAGUAUGGGCGACCUGACUUGUGACAGUCGGGCCAACAGUGAUUAUGAGGAAACGGACGCAGAAGGAGAACCUUAUACGGACCAGGAAUUGGACGAGCCCUAUCAAGAGGCAGCUCUGAGUCGUUCUUCAGAGCCAGCAGAACAAAGCCUGGAUCGGGAGUUGAAUGAGCGUGUGGCAGCUGCUCUGGCCUACCCCAUUGACGUGCAUGAGAGUGAUCACCAGCCCCAAGGACAGUGGCACAGCAGUUAUGACAUCAGGGAAUACGAACAUGAGGCGCUACGGAAGAAGUUCACCCAUGCGCAGUCUUACGACUCUGAGUCAGACCAGGACUAUGGUUAUGACUGGGGACCUGCCACAGACCUGUGACCACAUCAACAGCCACGUGGCCUCCUGCAACUUUCUUGGGUGGCCGUGCAAAGCUGUCCGUGUCAUUCCAAUUUUGGUGGAACUCUUCAAAGACCUUUGUGCUCCUAUAGAGGCACUAAAAACAUAGGGGGGUUGGCAAGAUUUUGAGCUCACGGAAGUCCUCGUGACCAGCUUUGCCUCGUAUGCUUGUUCUGGAAAUGUUGCUUUUCUCUUUCACCCUGUUGCCUUAAGUUGUGGACACCCCAGAGCAGCCAAGGUGGAGCAAGCCACCUUGGAUGGAAGUUUGAUCCUCAGUUAAUCCUCUCCACCAUCCUUUCUUUGGGCAGUUUCAUCUCAAGCUGGAUAUCUGGUGCAUUCAAGCUACUUCUGCCCUUUGAUCAAGGUCAAAGGAUUUCCACCGGCCUUCUGAACAAACUCAUAAUACGGCUCAGAAGGGAUUUGCAACCAUUUUUUAUUUCAUUCUGGAUCCAUUUCACAGGAAUAAGGCCCUUCAAGCUACAUAUACAUCGAUGUUUCUUAAGCUCAACCACUUGCAGAUGUCUGGACUUCAAUUCCCAGAAUUCCCCAGCCAGCUUUCAAAUCCAGCUGGCUUUGAGUUGAAGUACAGAGAUCUUUGAGUUGCCAAGAUGGAGAAAUACUGAUACACAGCAUUGUUAGGCCACUUUUAUACUUCAAGUAAGAACUUCUUCAAGGCUAAGAACUUCCACCUCGUGUUCUCACUUCAUGCACGAUGCUUUUAAGAAACCGCCCUACAUCCAUUCACAUGUCUCAAGAAUUUUAAAGCUAGACCUUGCGUGUUGCCUCUCCCGACUGGAGGUCUAUUUUUGCUGAUAAAAACCACACUCCAUGUUUUAUCUUUUUAAAUUUAAAUUUUAUCUUUUUAAAAAUUUUAAAUUUUUAAAUUCUCACUGGAGAAGGGCCUAAUGCUGAGAAAGAUUGAGGGCAAUAGAAGAAGGGGACGACAGAGAAUGAGGU